AUGCUUCGAUCCGGCCAGACAACUCGGGCUUUGAAGAAGGCCCUAGCCCAGCCUCCAUCAUGCUGCGUUCGCUCCUUUACAACCUCCACAGCCGCUUCAGCCAUCACGGCUACACGUAGGGGCCCUUCGAAUAUCAGGAAUCAGAGCACUUCUGCGACUGCAAAGUCCCCCGCUCCUAAUGUUCGAGCCAACCCAAGCCCGGCAUUCAAUUCCGCAGAGACGAAGAGCAGGAAUCAUGUCGAGCCCCUUGUCAACCCUCGCCAGAGCGACAUGGACGAGUCGUUCAUUGGCAAGACCGGAGGAGAGAUAUUUCACGAAAUGAUGCUGAGACAAGGCGUUAAGCAUGUCUUUGGCUACCCCGGCGGCGCCAUCCUCCCGGUGUUCGAUGCCAUUUAUAACUCGAAACACUUCCAAUUCAUCCUCCCAAAGCAUGAACAAGGAGCCGGCCACAUGGCCGAAGGCUACGCGCGAGUGUCGGGCAAACCUGGCGUUGUCUUGGUGACAUCUGGCCCUGGUGCUACCAACGUCGUGACACCAAUGGCUGAUGCCUUGGCUGAUGGCAUACCAAUGGUUGUCUUCUCCGGCCAGGUUGUCACAUCUGCCAUUGGGAGCGACGCUUUCCAGGAAGCCGAUGUGAUCGGAAUCUCGCGAGCCUGCACAAAGUGGAACGUCAUGGUGAAGAGCGUUGCCGAGCUGCCGAAGAGAAUCAACGAGGCCUUCGAAAUUGCCACCAGCGGUAGGCCCGGACCCGUCCUUGUCGAUCUGCCCAAGGACAUCACAGCUGGUGUCCUCAGGAGAGCCAUCCCGACUGAGUCGACCCUACCGCCGCUGCCUAGUGCUGCCUCCCGCGCAGUUCUUGAGUUGAACAAGAAACAGCUGGAUGCUUCCAUCCGCCGCGUUGCCCGCCUUGUUAACAUGGCCAAGCAGCCCGUCAUCUACGCCGGCCAUGGAGUGAUCUGCUCCGAGGGUGGCUCUGAACUGCUCAGGACCCUCGCGGAAAAGGCAUCCAUCCCUGUGACAACAUCCCUGCACGGCCUCGGCGCCUUCGAUGAGCUGGACGAGAAGGCUCUCCAUAUGCUUGGGAUGCACGGGUCGGCCUACGCCAACAUGUCGAUGCAAGAAGCCGACCUCAUCAUUGCCCUCGGGGGAAGAUUUGAUGAUCGCGUGACCGGUCUUAUCUCCAAAUUCGCGCCAGCGGCCAAGAAGGCAGCUGCCGAGGGCAGGGGAGGCAUUGUUCACUUCGAGAUCAUGCCGAAGAAUAUCAACAAGGUCGUCCAGGCGACUGAAGCCGUCGAGGGCGAUGUUGGCUCCAGUCUGCGCCUCCUCCUGCCCAUGGUCGAGGAGAGAAGCAUUUCGGAUCGCCAAGGAUGGUUCGACCAGAUCCGGGCCUGGAAGGCCAAAUGGCCACUUUCAGAUUACGAGCGAGCUGAGCGUUCGGGCCUGAUCAAGCCUCAGACCAUGAUCGAGGAAUUGAGCAAUUUGACCGCCGACCGGAAAGAGACGACCAUCAUCUCCACAGGAGUCGGACAACAUCAGAUGUGGGCGGCCCAACAUUUCCGUUGGCGGUUCCCUCGCACCAUGGUUACAUCCGGCGGUCUCGGAACAAUGGGCUACGGCCUUCCCGCCGCGAUCGGUGCCAAGGUGGCACGCCCGGACGCUCUGGUCAUCGACAUCGACGGCGAUGCCUCCUUCAAUAUGACUCUAACGGAGCUCUCCACGGCGGCGCAGUUCAACAUCGGGAUCAAGGUUAUCGUCCUCAACAACGAGGAGCAGGGCAUGGUCACCCAAUGGCAAAACCUGUUCUAUGAGGACCGAUACUCGCAUACUCACCAGCAGAACCCGGAUUUCAUGAAGCUGUCGGACGCCAUGGGGGUCCAGCAUCGACGCGUGUCCAAGCCGGAUGAGCUUGUCGACAGCUUGAAGUGGCUGAUUGACAGCGAAGGUCCGGCGUUGUUGGAGGUCGUGACAGACAAGAAGGUGCCUGUUCUACCUAUGGUUCCUGGAGGCUCUGCUCUGCACGAGUUCAUCACGUGGGAUGGCAAAAAAGAUCUGGAGCGACGAGAGCUGAUGAGAACGCGCACCGGCGGCAUACACAGCUGA